CGCAAUACUCUUCAGGCCGCCAGAGAUAUUGUGCAGGAAAUCCAUAUUUUGUCCUGAUUAAAAGCUUCACCUCGCAGAGACCAUCAUCAACAAUUCAUCAGCCAUGCAGCAGCUAAGAUGGCUCAUCGGUAUGAGCAGAAACGACUCAGCGAAGUCAAAGAUGCAGCGGAGCCCCAUCGGACAUCGUGCCGUUUCCCAAUCACCAACUUCACCUCGGCAUAGUGAUACUUGUAUCCUGACGUUGGAUUUGCCGGGCUUUGACAGUCCAACUCCUGCCACACCAACACUCACAACACCAACAGCGGGUGCUUCUAGAUACGUCAAUUCAACAGUAUAUUUCGAAGAAGCAGAUGCGGCCCUCGAUCAUAAUGUUGGCGCCAAUGCUAUCUACGACCCAAUGGCAGAUUCUCACAAUCGAAGCUGUCUGAAAGCUCUCCAGACUACAGAUCCCCGCAAGGAUAAGGAGCGCAUUGAGAAAUCCAACGGCGGCUUGUUUCGCGACUCAUGUUUAUGGAUUCUGGGUAACGUCGAAUUUAAGCAAUGGCGCAGUCAUUCAAGGAGCAACCUACUCUGGAUAAAGGGCGACCCUGGCAAAGGCAAGACCAUGCUGCUAUCCAGUAUCAUCGACGAACUGAGUUCCACGGCAGAAUCGGGACACCAAGAAGCUUGCACACUAUCUUAUUUCUUCUGCCAGGCUUCAGAUUUGCGCACCAAUAAUGCUGGAGCCGUGUUACGCGGUCUGAUCUACAUGCUAGCUGACUGUCAACCUGUACUUCUGUCACAUGCGCGGAAGAGAUACGACCAUGUUGGGGAUCAGCUCUUCACAGACUCGAAUUCUUUGGAAGCCUUGUCCAAGAUGUUUUCAGCCAUCGUACAAGAUAGGCGCCUAAAUGAUACCUACGUUAUCAUUGAUGCACUGGAUGAGUGUAUUAGAGAUCGAGAAUUUCUCAUUGAUCUUAUUACCCAGCUAUCAGCAACGAAUUCGAAGAUCAAAUGGCUCGUAUCCAGCCGCAAUUUGCCAAGUAUUGAGGAGGGCUUCACCAUGGCCCAGAAACUAGAAGUAUCUCUCGAGCUGAACGAAAAGUUCAUUUCCACAGCUCUUGGUAUAUACGUCCAGCACAAAGUUGCCGAAUUAGCGAAAGUGAAAGGGUAUACCGAAGAUAUGCAAGCUGCGAUUCAUCACUAUCUGUAUUCGAACGCAAGCAAUUCUUUCCUCUGGGUGGCCUUGGUUUGCCAAGAUCUUGCCAAGAUUCCCAUGCAAUCGAAUAUUCUCUUAAAUCUCACAGAGUUUCCGGCUAGGCUGGACGCCUUAUACACCUAUAUGCUAGACCAGAUAUGUGGUUCAGAUAUGUCUAAGCUUUGUUUACAUAUGUUGGCCAUCACAUCAGUUGUAUACCGGCCAAUCACAGUGGAUGAGCUGUCAUGCUUCGUUGAUAUGCUUGAUGGUGCGUUGGAUGAGAAAAUUUUGAUACAUGCUAUAGGGCUCUGCAGUUCGUUUCUAACCAUUUAUGAACGAACCAUCUUAUUCGUCCAUCAGUCUGCAAAAGAUUUCUUGGUUGGAAACGCAACCGAUACGGUGUUCAAGUCCGGCAUGGUACAGGUACACUAUACCGUCUUCUCGCAAUCCCUUCAAGUUUUAUCAAAAACACUGCGACGCGACAUCUAUGGCCUUGAUGCCCCUGGAUUUCCAAUCGACCAAAUAAAACGACCUGACCCAGACCCACUGGCAGCAGCGAGGUACGCGUGCGUUUAUUGGGUCAAACACCUUGUAGACUCCAUAAAGCUUGUUAGGCAACAUGGUGAUCUUCACGACGGCGGCACAGUGGACACGUUCUUGAGAACAAAAUAUCUAUACUGGCUUGAGUCUCUGAGUCUUCUUAACAGCUUGCCCGAAGGGGCGCUCUCAAUAUCUAAGCUGCAGCAUUUACUCCAAGAGAAAGCCAAUGCGCCCUAUUUUCUCGAGAUUCAAUCCGACAACACCCAUGAAAAGACAGAUAAGAGUCAGUUGGCAGAUCUGGUACGAUAUGCGCAUAGAUUUAUUAAAGACCACAUGGCAUCGUUCCAAAGCAGUCCACUGCAGGUAUAUACUUCAGCGCUUGUGUUCAGUCCGCCUGAUAGUCUUAUAAAGAAUCUUUUUACGCAUGAAGAGCCUGGGUGGAUCGUCACGAAACCUAAUGCAGACGAUGAAGAAUGGAUACCAGGCAUACAGACACUGAAAGGACAUGGAGAACAAAUUUACAGCAUGGUCUUCUCACCAGAUGGCGUAUGGCUUGCAUCGGUGUCAGUUGAUGGCACUGUCCAAAUCUGGAAUCUCGAAACCGGCUAUUGUCAGCAAACGCUCCGCGUCCACAGAGAUUCCGUCUAUUCCGUUGCUUUUCUGCCAAACAGCAGCACGUUAAUCAUCUCAGGAAUGGAAGACAACUCCAUCCAGGUCUGGGACACAGUCACAAACCAGAUGUUGCAGGCUCUCAAGGGCCAUGGCGAUACCAUCCGUGCCAUUGACUUUUCAUCAAGCAACAACGACUUGCUUGCGUCUGGAUCGUGGGAUCACACUGUCCGGAUCUGGGACCUAGCAACAAGCAGUUGUCUGCAAACGCUUCAGGGCCACGAUGGCGACGUCUGCACCAUCGCCUUCUCGCCAGAUGGAGUCCGGCUUGCAUCGGGAUCAUCCGACCGCACCAUCAAGGUCUGGGACCCGGUCAAUGGCUUUUGCCUUCACACGCUCUACCGGCACAACGUCGCCUCGACAGCCAUCGCCUUUACACCCGAUGGAACCAAGCUUGUAUCAGCGCUAAGCAAUGAUGGUGUCGUAAUCUGGGACUUGGCAACAGGCCAAUGCCUGCAUACAGUAUUCGUUGGCACUCCACUUCGAAAAUUGACUUUUGACGUGACAGGCUCGUUUCUGCACACGGAUAGGGGUACGAUUAGUCUUGACUUCCUCUCGAGCCAAGCAACCGGUUUGGAGCCGUAUAUGCGAGGUUACUGGAUAAGUCCAGACAACCAGUGGAUCAAGCAGAAGUCUGACAACCUUCUCUGGCUACCGCCCGAUUAUUGGAGUACUAGUUCUGCUUUGUCGCGAGCACCGUUGAUGUCAUUGAUUGCUCUCGGCUCAUCGUCAGGACGCAUACUGAUAUUGCGACUCUUGGGCUCAAGUGAUCCUCACUGCUAGCUGAAUAGCAUUCAGAGCAUGGAAAGUCUAGUCUCUUUUCUAGUAGAUACUUCUUCAUUUCUCAUUUAGAUGAAUUGAAGCACAGAAUUUUACAUGUUCUGUUUUUGGCCUUUUGGGGGGGUGUUCGCUACAUCUUAGACUACUCUUCGUGUAUUGACUCUUAGGUGAGUUGUAGCCGUCUGGUCAUCUAAUAGAUGCACUGCCGCUCAUUAGAAUAACG